GUCCCUGCAUUUCCGAUGGGUGGGCGAUACCCGAGCCGGCGUGUUGUGAAUGGCAUUGUUGUAAACCGACAGGGACGAAGAUGGGCAUCGACAGGGUAUCGCCGCUGGAUAUGAAUAGCAACAGAGCAGUGCCAGCCAUGAACGCCGACGCGGAUGCGGACCAUGAACUGGCCCCGAUGCGGCCCGAUGGCCCAUCGAGUCCAUCAGAGCCCGGGGAACAUGGCCGGCCAAUGCGGGGACGCAUCCAGGGCACCGGCCCUGUGAUCAGGCCACAGCCGAUCCCGGCCGAUCCCGGCUGAUCCCGGCUGAUCCCGCGCUGCGGUGGCGUUCCAGACGAUUCUGCGAGCAGAGAGGUGACUCAUGUGGGUGCGUUGGCAGAUCGACGGGGCGAUCAAAUGCCCGGGUCAGCUGCAGUGACCGACUGCCACGAUCAACUGCCACGAUCAACUGCCACGAUGAGGGCCGAGAAGGCAAAGGAAUGCACCCCCCGCCGCCAGACACAGCCACAAAGGCCGCUCCUUCGCCCAGCCCCGCAUCUCCGAGACAUGCUCUGUCCAAUCUCGCCAUGUCCAUGGUCGACGUCCAGCCUCUCAACAUCCAAGGCCUGCUGGGAGCCGCCCAGUUGGAUCGCUCGGUCACCAGCGAGGCCCACACAAAGUGCACCCAGUGGAAGGGCGAGAUUGCUCACAGCGACUUCCGGGUGGGCAAACUCAUGAAGGCUUUGAAGGAGUCGGGAUGUCCCUUCACCCAGCAGCACCUGGUUUGCACCGUCUGUCCCCCUGGCAGCGCUGGAGGAUUCCAUCCAGAACACGGGAUCAUCCUGUGCGAAAACACAUUCAAGGAGAAGAGCCAUAUGGCCGAGACCCUUGCCCACGAACUCGUCCAUGCCUUUGACUAUUGCCGGGUCCGCUGUGACUGGAACAAUGUCCGGCAUCAUGCCUGUACCGAAAUACGGGCGGCAUUGUUGAGUGGCGAUUGCUCCGUCGCCCGCGAGCUCAAGCGAGGCAACUUCAACAUCCAGGGGCAGAUGGAGAAAUGCAUCAAGCGGCGAGCAGCUCUGGCAAUCUCGAUCAAUCCCAACCUUCCUGCAGGCUCGGCCGCCAAAGUCAUCGACGAGGUCUAUGCGACCUGCGUCAACGAUACUGCCCCGUUCAGCCCUUCGGAUAUCGAUACGCAUAUGCUCUGACACCGCAACCGCAACCACAACCGCAGGCAAUUCAGCCGGGCAGGCAAAGGGCGGCUGUUGCUGUUGCUGUUGCUGUU